CCCCAGGUUUUCAUUACAAGUGGAAGGCAGGUCUUUGAAACAGAGGAUGGCUACUCAGCUUUUACAGACAAGGCAAAAGAAAAAGUCCUCUAAGGAAUCAGUGUUGUUCCCCGACAAAAUUGCUACUGAGCAGCAGUCUGUGGUGCUGGUGAAAAGGCUUCUGGCCAUCUCUGUGUCCUGUAUAACGUACAUGAGAGGGCUGUUCCCCGAGAGCUCUUACGGAACUCGCUAUUUAGAUGACCUCUGUCUAAAAAUUCUCCGAGAAGAUAAAAACUGUCUGGGAUCAUUGCAGAUAGUCAAGUGGAUUCAAGGUUGUUUUGAUGCUUUGGAGAAGCAGUAUUUACACAUUGCUGUGCUUGCAAUUUACACCAAUCCCAAGGAACCGGAGACAGUGACUGAACUGUAUCAGUUCAAAUUCAAGUACAAAAAGGAGGUGCCUCAGAUGGACAUCAUCAGCAACCAAACGAACUUUGUGAAUGCAGCAAGCAGCGAGGACGUGAAACAGGCCAGCAGGCAUCUGAUCCGUAAACUGUACCUGCUAAUGCAGAACCUUGGCCCGCUUCCCAAUGACAUUACCCUGACCAUGAAACUCCUCUACUACAAUGAUGUAACUCCGGAAGAUUACCAGCCGCCAGGCUUUAAGGAAGAUGGCAGCCCUGGUGACCUGUUGUUCGAUGGCGAUCCUGUCAACCUGCGAGUAGGGUCAGUCUCCACUGGUUUCCACCUCAUGAAAGUCAGAGUGACAACUGAAAAGAAAAGAAUGAAGAUGGUUGAAAGCAACCUGAUCCAGCAGAAUGGCCCUACUGAGAUCUCCCAUCAAGGGUUAGACUGCGAUGAAGAGGAAGAGGAGGGGAGCACAAAGAAUCAUCCUCUCCCCAUCAGACUAGAUUCAAGUCAGCGUGGAGAGGACAAAAGCGACACCCAUCCAGGCUGGAAAGCGGACGCAUCUUCUCUGAACCUUCAAGAUAGAGGUGGAAAGAAGACAAGAAUAAAGGAGACGGGCAGGAUGCCUUGCUCAAGGGCAUCUCAGCAGAUAAGCUGCCUGAACCUUGCGUUUAGCCAGGAAGAGGUAACAGGACCCAAGAAGAGAAGGAAGGUCAGUGAACCAGAGAAGCUGCUUUUGGAAGGCAGGAAAUGA